AAAAUUGAAGUUGCUUCAAUAUACUUAACAUAUAUGUCAAUUUUAUUAUGUAUUAUUAGUUAUUUACCAAUAAAGUAAAAAACCUUUAAUAAAUCUCUAACUGGAUAGAGAGGAGGCGAGUGUGCAAAUGCAAGAAAUACUUCCAAAGUUAUAUUGAUGGAAAGACUUCAUCAAACAGAAACGCAUUCUGUUUCCUCAAAUUUGAAUUAUUCAGGCGAUGAAGACGAAGAAAAGGACCUUUUUAUUAACAGUCUGUGGAAUAUUCACAAGACGUUGGUUGCACUGCGUGGACAUAUGAGUCCCAUAAGUUCCAAAGUAGAUACCGAAAUCCUGGGACAUAUGGAUCCCAUGAGUCCCAAAGUAGAUACCGAAAUCCUGGGUAAAGAUUUAUUUGAGAUAGAUGAAAAAUAUUUACCCCCCACUUAUUUGGUUAUACAACUCUCCGCCGAUAUACCUGUAAAAACAUUGACAUGGUUGAUAGAAAAGUUACGUGGGAAAAAGCGGGACGGCGGAGGAGAACUGAUUGUGAUAAAACAGCCUGUAAAUCCAGAAGGUUUACUAGUUCUUCAUGUAUCAGCAACCAAACUUAAAUUGUUAGAAGCAGCAGAAGAAAUGGAGUUUAUGAAGGAGGACAAAACAGGCAAAGUAAAAGAAUUUAGUGUUCAAUUUUUAGAGGAUUUUUUACCUGGAAGUAUGCAAGUUGAUAAUCUGUUUUCAUUGACAGAACGACAAACAAUAACGCGGCAUGAGGUGGAGAAUAUAAGAGCUCUAUCGGAAGAUAAACAUAUACCAGGUUAUCCCGAAACUCAUCUGUAUACUGGUCAGUCAAUCGUAGGAGUCUGUCAAAAAUAUGAGUUAAUAAAGUCUAUGUAUGCGCUGCAUGAUCGAGAAGUUCUUAAAAAACUUGGAAGGAGCUGGUACAUGAGUAUAUUUGGGAAACAGCCUUAUGAUGAAAUAAAGAAUUAUUUCGGGGAAGCUGUAACUUUAUAUUUCCAUUUUUUGGGCUUUUAUACUGAUGCUCUGAUCAUACCAGUCUUGCUUGGCCUUCUUCAGUUAUUGUUUUCCAGAGAAACGGUGCCAUUCUUCUGUAUUUUUAACGUAGUAUGGUUAACACUCGUUUUGGAGAUAUGGAGAAGAAAAAGCAACGAAUAUGCUUAUAAAUGGGGUACGAUCGGUAUGACCAGUAUGGACGAACCCAGACCUAACUUUCGAGGAGCUAUGGGUGUAGACUCAAUAACCGGUAAAGUUCAACCUCAAGCUCCCCGAUAUUUAACAUAUGUCAAGAUGUAUGCUGUAUCGAUCCCCAUCGUAUUUGUCUGUUUAACGGUAGCUUUUGUUAUUAUGUUGGCAUCUCUGUGGGCGGAGGCCUACGCAAAAGAAUCAGAAGAAUGGCAAGCUUACGUAUCACUUCCGAGUACGAUUUAUACCGUUGUAGUAUUAAUUAUGAAUGCUUAUUACAGGAGGUUGGCCACAUUCCUUACAGAAUGGGAAAACCACCGCACUCAGUCCCAAUUUGAGCGACACCGAGUAACAAAAUUAGUUUUAUUUGAAUUCGUUAAUAAUUUUAUGUCACUAUUUUAUAUUGCAUUUAUUACUAAAGAUAUGGAAAAUCUCAAGAGCCAGUUACAAACAAUGCUGAUUAUAACACAAACUGUAAAUCACUUCCAAGAGACAAUUCAACCGUUAGCGAUCAAAUACUACAUGAUGAAAGUACACAACCUAAAAUUUAACUUCUUUCCCAAAAAACUGGAUCCAAAAAGUCCAAAAUUGUUAUUAGAAAAAAAUAUUAGCAAAGUAACAGAAGAUAACAAACUCUCUAACAUAAUAAUGCCUGAACUACCACCGAACGAUCCAAGAAUAAAACUAGCAGAUGAAGAAGCUGAGAUGGAGCCAUACGAAGGAACGUACGACGAUUAUUUAGAACUGUUUACUCAGUUUGGUUAUGUAUUUCUAUUUUCUUCUGUAUAUCCCUUAGCAGCGUUGUGGGCAUAUCUUAACAAUCUGAUUGAAAUAAGAGCGGAUGCGUUCAAAUUCUGUAAAGUAUUUCAGCGGCCGAUGUGCAGAAGGGUUAAGGAUAUCGGUGCCUGGCAAAGAUCGUUUGAGAUCCUAAGCGCCCUCUCAAUACUUACCAAUUGCGGACUUUUAUAUCUUAGCCAGCCCCUUAGACAGUCGAUUCCCACCUUUAGCGAUGUUCAAUGGUUAUUACUGUUUGUCGUGUUGGAACAUUUGAUGUUGGGAAUACGAUUCCUUCUUCACAUAGCCAUAUCGGAUAAACCUGAGUGGGUUAGAGUAGCUUUGGCCAAAGAGAACUAUGAGUCGAAACAAGCUUUAAAAUAUGAGAAAUCUCAAAAAAAUAAGGGUCUACUAACAAGAAAAUUCAAGACUGUCGAUGAGUCCCGCGCCAACCGAUAAGUUCCCAUAAAGUUAUUUAGGUUAACAAAGUUUAUCGAAUUAGGUUCUUGUAAGGGUAGGUAAUUAGAAGUAGCAGUGCCGUACGCUUUUUGAUCCCUUAGGAUCACGUGAUAAUCAUUUCGUCCCGUUUUUAAUGUUGUUUCGGAAUUGCUAUAAAAAUAUAUGUUCUUUUAAGAACUUUAUUGUUGAUAUUUAUAAUAAAUUUUAUACAUUUUCCU